GCCGUUUCUCCCAUCAUCAUCCAUCAUGUAUCACCUCUUAAAAGGUUUCCAUGAGUACUUGACGAGGAAAGAAGAAUUUUCAGUAAUCAUCAUCGGCCUUGAUGGUGCUGGCAAAACCACACUUCUGGAGAAAAUAAAGACUCUAUAUAACGAGACUCCUGGGCUUGACCCGUCCAAGAUUGGCCCGACUGUGGGGCAAAAUACGGGUAAAAUAUCUCUCCCAUCCAGUAUCAUAAACUUCUUUGACCUCGGAGGGCAACGCGGUAUUCGGUCCAUCUGGCACAGAUAUUAUGACGACUGUCACGCCGUGGCGUACGUUAUUGAUGCGCAAGACCGAGAGAGGCUCAGUGAGGGCUGGGAAGUCUUUGACACAGUUCUCUCCUCCCCCCAAACGCUUAACAUCCCCCUCCUACUCCUCGCAAACAAACAAGAUUCCCCUUCAAGCCUCAGUGUUUCAGAGAUAAGGCAGGAUUAUGAGGAUUGGGAUCAGAGGAGGAGGGAGAGCGCGAGGAGGAGGUUUGGCGAAGAUGAGGAUGCAGAAAUGGAGAGGAAACGCGAGAGGAUUGCUAGUUUGGAUGUUUUGGGAGUUUCGGCGCUUGAUGGAGCUGGCGUUCGUGAGGCUGUGGAUUGGUUGUUCUUGCGUGUACAAAAUAGUAGACGUGACUUGGUGGAUCGGUAGCAAGGCUUUGAGGGUCAGUAUGGUGGUGUCAUCUGCCUGUGUACUUGUAUGUAGGGGUUACGCGUCAACCGACUUAUCGAGUGCGAACUUUACACGAUGAUUGAUGUGGUAGCACUACCAGGUUAUUGAUUGUUGACUUGAUUCACAGAUAC